GCCAUUUUGCUAAGUGUCGACCUGUCGAUUCAGAUUGACGCGUGUCUACCUGUCUUAAGUUGUGUUUACUUUGAAAAGGUAUGUUCCCCGGAUAUUAACCCGAAAACACUGGCUGUUUCCGUGUUGAUACUGAAAUGUUUAUGCUGUACAUUCGGAAAAUCAAUACCGGGUUUCUUUGCUGUAAUUUUCGUCAAAACUGGUACUGAUCACUUUCAGAGUGAAUGAAUAACCUUAAAUACCCGAAUUUGGACAACAGGGAUAUUUGCUAUUAACAACAAUGGGUGUCCGGGGUUUGAUGAGUACAUGUUUGGAAGACGUGGACGCAUGCAGUGACACGUAUGAUCUAGUUCAAGUGGCUCAGCAGCGGAAAGGACUUGAAUUGAUCGUCGACUUCAACUCAUUCAAGCAUCACAUUCUGUCAAAGUUCUGGAAAGGUUUAAGCAAGAAUCGUGGCAAUGACUACCUGCGUAUUCUCGGUGGAGAGUAUGCCUCACUGGACGAAUAUGUUUCAGAAUUAGUGAAGGACCUUAUAUCUCUGGAUAUUCAUCUAGUGUUUUACAUUGAUGCUGAGAAAGGGAGUUCUAAUGAGGGAUUAGAGCAGAAACUUGACACCUGGAAGGAGAGGCAUGGAAAUGACAUCAAGAAGAUGUCACAGAUUCUUGAUGUUUUGUGGUGGGAGACUGAAAUAAGCAAGCUGUCCUGCGACACAAACAUUAACCCACUUCUCCUGGAUGACCAGCUUAUGGCUACCUUGAGGUCGUGUGGGUGUGAGAUAAACCAAUCACCCGCGGGGGAAGCAGAUUUACUCAUCAUCCGAGCUUUUAGAGACAGGCCCAAAGCAUUUGCAAUACUGAGCAAUGACUCUGACUUUUGUGUGUUCAUGGACAAUAGGCUGAUUCCAGACCCUGGCAUUCAUACGUUCAAGGGAAGUAGGCUUAUUCCAGAUGAACUGUUUGACAUUGGGAAUGACCUUCAGCUUGCAGAGCCAAUAAAGUUACCAGCAAAACCACGGAGAUUAAAAGUUAAAGUCAUUUCUACAGAGAAAGUCAUGGCCAUGUUGAAGUUGGAAAAUCACACACUUCUCGUAGAAAUGAGUAUUGUUGCCGGCAACGACUACACAAGACCAUACAUGCAGAAAUAUAUCCGCCAUCACACUUAUGUCAACGAUGAACGCAAGUAUAAGAUUGAUAUCAAGGGAAGACCUUGCAUACAGAACUUUGCCGUCUGGAUCAAAGAGUACCGAAAAGCUGACACUCAUCCAUACCUGGCCUUCCGCUCAAGACGCCAUCCUGGUUUCCGACAAGCCGUUAUUUACAGUCGGAACUUCUACAACCUAAAAGGGGAACCAGACAAAUGCCCUCAAAAGGGAGACUUUUCUCAGACACGCCAUCCAGGUUUACGACAAGUUGUUAUUUACAGUCGGAAAGGUGAACCAGACAAAUGCCAUCCAAAGGGAGACUUUUCUCAGGUGAUAGAGGAGAAGAUCCGCUCUGGCUCUGGUCAGUAUCCUAGCAACAUCAUGAGCAUGUACAACAACUUCUACUGGUACCGCAUGUUACUGGAGGACAACAGGCGAGGGGCACCGUGUGCGGAGUUGUCUCUCACACCGCUACGUGCUCACCUUUACCGCAUUGUCCUGCCGAAGGAGGAGCGGCUGGUCAACGAACAUGGCCGUAGGCCAUUUAAUAAUCUUGCAAUAGCUUGGGUGGAAACAAAAGACAAUGUUCCUGCCCCUCCCCUUGACGAGAUCGAGCCAGACAAAAUCUCGGACAAUCUCAACACGUUCCACAAAAUCUGGUCACAUCAAGAAAAGGGUGCGACUGUGAACUGGUUCGAGCGUUAUGAGCUUAAGAAGGGUUUCAUUUGCUACAUUCUCCGAUACUUUCUGCUGCUGAACUGGAGACAGAACCUCCAGGUGAUAAAGGAUGAGUUCCUUGCACUCUUUGCCAUGAUGAUGGGACGCUGGGAUGAAAAGAAAUACCAGGCUAUCGUCAUCCGGCCGACUGUACGCUGUGUCACCAUCGGCAACUGGAUGCAGGAUGUGUAUCGUCAUGGUUACAAUAUGUUUGGAAGUGUUCUGCACAUUCGCCACGAGUUUCCUUUGCCAAGCGAGCUGUUCAGUGGCUCUGUAUGGACAGCCAUGUAUAUGGCCUGUCAGGAUGACACGUUCCAGAAAGCUGCUCGUGAGGUUUCGCCACAAGUGUUGAACCAGAUAAGGGUAGAGAUGAACGCUGUUAUUCGAGAAAACCGUGACAUGAUCAGAGACAUAGUGCAGAAUGUUUUCCCGUUCGACGACGAGUUACUGUGAUUAAUCAGCAAAGACAAAUAACACUUGUGGAGUGCAAUUUUCUGUACGCGUAUCCUGAUUGAUAUUAAUGACAGUCAUUAUCUUGCGCUUAAUUAAAAACGAACGGCCAUAUUGUCGAGGACAUUUGAUGAUAUAGCAAUGUUAAAAUAUGCCUUCACCUUUGAUGAAAUUAGUUUUUGCGGCUAUGUCGCUUUUGUAAUGACUACAUGGUAUUUUGAGCAGACUUUAAACGCCGCAUAACUCAGAAUCUCAGUGUGUGAGCCAUGAAGGUCUCCAAGCCGAUGAAGGUUGUAUACAUAAAUCGUGGUUGUUUUUGUUGUAAAUUUCAACACCAGUGUGUGCCAUCAAUAAAUGAUUAAUUUACUUAAUUUUCUAUGCAAUUCCAAACUACUAGUCAUGCACAAAUUAUUAUAUCACUCCACGUCUUUAUCAAAAGCCAAAUAGUCGUUUUGGAAAAUUUGAAUUUUGAAACCUCCCGAAAAGGAGUUUCCAAAUUAUAAUUUGUCAAAAGUUCAGAAAUCUUAAAACCAAGCUCAAAAGAGAAUCUAUAGCUGUUUUUUUUCCAAGAACGGAGUAGUGGAGGACUCAAAUCUAAAAUAAACAUAUGGCAGACAAUUUAUUCCUUUUCUCUCAUAGAAACCUACAAAAAAGGCAGAAACCAAUAACUUAGUUUGCAUCAACAUAGUGGAAUAUAUUGGAAUAUCUAGAACUCAGCUUAAAGAAAAUCACCCUAGUAUUGACAAAAUACAGUAAAAUUGUCAAAUAUCCCUGAUGUGCAUUUCACCCCGGAAAUCGAUCAAGAUAUUGGAAAAUAUAUUUAUAGGUUAAAUAAAAAAGCAACUGGAAAGUACCAGAUUCCUCCAAAAUUCAUCAACGAUGGCAAAGUUCCCAUCCAAAACAUGGUCAAUGAAAUCAUAAGCCAAUGAUCAUUUUCAAAGCACGAGUUGUCCCUAUUUUCAGGAAUGAACUAUAGACCAGUCAGUCUUUUACCAUCAAUGUCCAAAUUAUAUGAACGGAUUAUAAGUGAGCAACUGAACAGUCUAUUUGAUGAAAACUCAUCCUUUCCUGGCAACUUUCAGAACAACAUAUUGGAUGCCAAAUUACCCUGUUAAAGGGACUCGCUCAAUGUUUGUAAUAUUGCACUUUUUAACGGAAUAACUUGUGGCAAAUCAUUAGGAGUGUUAACAUAAAUAAAAACGAUUACUUAAAAUAUCUGACACUAGUUAAUUGUAUCCCAAUUCAAUUGAAAACGAAGAUUAACUCAGAAAAUAUCAGU